ACUCAGCUAAGAAUCCUCGAUCCUUGAUCCUCUAGUUGUUCUAAGUCAAUGCUGAAGGACUGGUGACUGCAUUCCUCUUCAUCCAUCUUUGCACACAAGUCAGUGAAGCCACUCCUGUUUCCUUGGCACAGAUUUAUUUAAGCAAUUAAUCAUAGGGGGGCAACAACAAAAGAAACAAAAGAGAGGGAAAGGAAUUUCUAGACAUUAAAGAAUAAAUUAUGGCGGAAUUGGCUUCCUCCGUUGCAUCAAAUCUUGUGUCAAAACUAGGUGAGUACCUGUUUGCUCCCAUUGGACGCCAAUUUGGAUACGCGUUGUGCUACAACAGCUACAUCCAGGAUCUCCAAAAUGGAGUCGAGAAGCUGGAGAACGCGAGGGAAAGGGUGCAGCGCUCCGUCGAUGAAGCCGUGUAUGGUGGAAAACCUAUACACACUGAUAUUGAGAAAUGGUUGGAUAGCGUGAAGAAUAAGGCUAAUGAAGCACAAAAUUUGUUAACACAAGGUGAAAGUGCAAAAACUGCUUGCUUCCAUGGGUGGCUUCCCAACCCAAUGGUGCGCCUUCCAAUUGGCAGGAAGGUGAAGAAAAUGACUCGAGUCAUUCAGGAACUCCAUGAUGAAACUGCAAAUAAUAACUUCCAGAAGGUCUACUAUGAGAAUCCUCCAAAAGGAAUUGUUAUUGCUACCACUUCCGCUGCAAGAUCUGUUGACAAGAAAGAAGAUGUCUUGGAGUCGAGGGCUUCAAUCACAGAGGAUGUAAUAAAUGCUAUAACUGAUGACAAGAUCUGUGUGGUUGGGGUGUAUGGGCUAGGUGGGGUUGGCAAGCCCAAGCUUUUGGAGGAUGUUGAAAGGCGAGUUAAGAAAGAGAAGUUGUUUGAUAUGGUUGCCAUGGCAAAUGUAUCACGCAAUCCAGAUUUAAAAACAAUCCAAGGAGAAAUUGCUGACGCACUAGGCCUAAAUCUAAUGAAUGUCGAAACUGCUCGUGGGAGAGCUAAUCAUUUGCGUGAAAGGUUAGAGUGUGAUUGUGAAAAAAAAUUCUCAUAAUUUUAGAUAAUUUAUGGAGGAAGCUAGAGUUGAAAGAUGUUGGAAUUCCUUGUGGCAGCGAUAAUAAAGUAAGAGGCUGCAAGCUAUUGCUAUCAUCUAGAAAAGGAGAAGUUUUACGCAUUGACAUGGUCUCUGACCGAGAAUUCCAACUCAAGGAGUUAGACAAUAGGGAAGGAAGAAGACUUUUUGAAAGGAUAUUGGGGAACAAAGUUUACGAUCCUGAUUUUAGAUUUCUGGUAGAUGGAGUAGUCAAGAAUUGCGGAGGGUUGCCACUUUUUAUUAUUUCGUUGGCAAAAAGGUUGAGGAGCGGAAAUUUGGCUGCAUGGAGGAAUGCUUUGACUAUAGAAGGAUCUGAUUUUAAAUCACUAGUGGAACUGAACUACAAAGACUUAAAAGACGAAAGGAUUCAAUCGUUGUUCUUGGUUUGUACUCUACGCCAAGGGAGAACGGGGGAUAUCUUGUUCUAUUGCUUGGGUUUGGGUUUAUUUAACAAUUUCAGCAAGACCAUCGAAGACGCUAGAGAUAGGUUGAGCAUGGAUCUAGAUUGUCUGCGCGACUCUUCUUUGUUACUAGAUAGUGAUACUUCUAGCAGAAAAAAAAAAAAGGAGAUAGCAAUCAUAUGGUAAAAGUCAAAAUGCAUGACAUAGUCGUUGACGUGGCCAACUCUAUUGCUUCCACAGAAUGGAAGGCCUUGGUCGGGAGGAAGGAUUGUGGGUUUAAAAAAUGGUCGAAGGCUGAGCUUAGAGAAUGCACUGCGAUAUUAUUCCCUAAUGCUGGCAUUGAUGAGCUUCCCGAAAAAUUAGAUUGCCCAAACUUGAGGAUAUUUCUGUUGUACAAAGAAUUCUUGUCUCUCAAAGUUCCCGAGUCAUUUUUUGAAUCUAUGCAGAAGCUCCAAGUCUUGGAAUUAGAAGGAAUAUCUAUCACCUCUCUCCCUUCGUCGAUUGAGUUCCUUGAGAACCUCAAGUCGCUUAGUCUUGUUGUUUGCCAUCUCGAGGAUGUGACUCUUCUUGGAAAACUGAAAGCAUUGCAAAUCCUACAUCUCUUAGGAUCGACAAUCACUCAGCUGCCUAAAGAAAUAGGUGAACUAACAGAAUUGAGAAUUUUGAACUUAAAAAGUUGCACUAGGCUCAAAGUUAUCGAACCCGGCGUGCUCGGAAGCUUGGUUAAUUUAGAAGAACUCUAUAUGGCCGAUAGUUUUGAUCGGUGGGAGGCUGAAGAUGAAGCACUGCGAAGAAAUGCCAGCCUAACUGAGUUAAAGAACAUGAAUAAGUUGAGCACUUUGGACAUUGCCAUUCCUCAUUCUGCCGGUCUCGCAAGAGACUUGCCGUUUGGGAAACUGAACAAGCAUAAAAUCCAAAUUGGAGGCUUUUGGGAUUGGUCGGUUGAAUAUAAAGAAUCUAGAACUUUAAAGCUCAAGCUGGAUUUGGGCAAUCUUCUUUUCAAAGAGUGGGUGCAAAGAUGUCUGCAGAGAACACAACAUCUCCACUUGGAUGGAUUGCAAGAUGGCAAUGAUAGUAUUCACGAUUUAUGCAUUGAAGGAUUCCAGGAAUUGAAAUAUCUUCACGUGCAAAAUAGCCCCUCAUUUCAUUAUGUUGUUCACCCUACGAACAAUGUGCAGUGCACUGCAUUUACAAGAUUGGUAUCUUUGUUUCUUGAGAACCUGGGCAAAUUUGAGAAGAUUUGUGGCAGCUGUCUUGCCCUAGAAUCCUUCAGCAAGUUAAAGAUUGUGAAAGUGGACAACUGUAGUGAAAUCAAACAUCUGUUUCCUUCGUCCAUGAUGAGAUUAUUAUCCCAGCUUGAAGAGAUUGAAAUAAGCAGAUGCCACUUAAUGCAGCAAAUUGUUGCAGAUGUCGAGCUUGACAAAGAUGAAAUAUAUGACCCCAAUGUGAAGUCCUAUAAUUUGCGUAGGCUGAUAUUACGAAACUUGCCAAAGAUGACGAGCUUCUAUAAAACCACAAACCUCUCAGUUGAUUUCUUUGACGGGCAACAGCUAAUAAAGCUACAGAGUUUGGAAACCAUGAUUAUUGAAAGAUGUCGAUUAAUAAGAGAAGUAUUCGACCUUGAAGGACUGACACGCAGUGGGGAAGUCGAGAUUCUAUCGCGAUUGAGAGAAUUAACCCUAAGUGACUUACCAAGUUUGGGACACAUAUGGAAUAAAAAUCUAUGAACAGCAAUGUGUUUUCGAAACUUAAAGGCAUUGAAGGUGCAAAAUUGUGAGAACCUGAGGUUUCUUUUUCUUAUUCCAUGGCUAAAGCACUCGGGCAAAUAAAAGAAAUAGAAAUAGCAAAUUGUAAGCUAAUGGAAGAAAUUAUUGAUGUGCAAGAAGAAGAAUUGGAGGAAGCUGCAACCGGCGAUACUUUAGAGUUUCAUUUGUUAACCUCCUUGUCUCUUGAGGAAUUGCCAAAUCUCAGGACAUUCUCUCAUCGAAAGUAUUGUAUUCAUUGUCCAUCCUUAACAAAAUUGAUGAUAUUUCGGUGCCCCAAAAUGAUGACAUUCUCUUCAUUUGAAGAAAGGGAAUGGUCAAUCACAUCUGACACAGGAUUUCAAUAAGCAUUUGAUUGUAUAAACUAUGGGUUAUCCUUGCCUAGCUUCUUCAAUGAAAAGGUAAGCAUCUAUAGUACUUUUUGUCAUUCAUUAUUCUAGGUCUUGUCAGAGACGCAAUUUAGCAGAAAUUUGAUCAUUAUUCAAGUUUGGCCGUUGGCAGUGGAAAAGCUAACUCGCUGGGGGUCAUUCCCAAAGUUGCCAACAAAUUUCGGCCUAAUGCAAUUCUGUACCAAAAAUUUCAAUCAUUCUACAUAUAAAAUGUUUUUAUGCAGGUUAUUUUUCCAAGCUUGGAGGAAUUGAAGCUUUCCUCCAUGUUCCAAUUAAAGAGGAUAUGGCAUAAUCAACUCCAUGGACAAUCCUUCUACAAAAUUGCAUCCCUCACUAUUGAACUUUGUGAAACUUUGUCGCAUGUUUUUCCAUCAAACUUAAUGGAUAGGUUGCAGAAUCUUAAUAAAAUUGAGGUGGUUGGGUGUCCCUCUUUGGAAGCAUUAUUUGAUCCAGUAACUCCCAGCUCUAACGAAAGGCAAAAGCCAUUAGUCCUCUCUUCAUUAGAAAAAAUGAAGUUGCUGAAUCUACCAAGGCUGAGAGACAUUUUGAAGAGUGGCUACACAGUAAUAUUGGCAUUUCCUAGUCUGGUAGAAAUGAGCAUAAGGCGUUGUCAUAGUUUGCCAUAUCUCUUCUCAAGUGCCACGGCCAGAACUCUUGAUAAACUUGCGGUGCUUGAUGUUUCCUAUUGCAAUAACAUGAAGAGCAUAAUUGCAAUGGAAGAAGGAAAAGGGAAAACUGUAGAGACGUUCAAGUUCCGUAAUUUAAGCAUACUCAAGCUUGGUGACCUUGAGAAUUUGAUUUGUUUUAGUUCAGAGAGUUGUGUUGGUGAUGGUUUACAUCCUCUAUUUGAUGAGAAGCUUGCAUUUCCAAAAUUAGAAGAGCUACACAUCGAGGGAGUUCAACAAGAAGAACUAUGGAACGAUAAAAUCCUUGUGGAGUCCUUUUGCCGUCUAAAGGUCCUCAAGGUGAAGCAGUGUCACAACCUAAUAAAUGUGAUUCCUUCAUUCAUGUGGAGAAGGCUACUUCACUGUGUUGAGUCUUUGACUGUUGAGAAGUGCCCAUGUCUGAGAAACCUUUUUACAACGUCUAUGGCAAAAAGUCUGGGACAACUCCGAUAUCUUGGUCUUGGUGGCUGUGGAGAGAUGGAGUACAUUGUUGCCAAAGAAGAGGAGAAACCUGAAGAAGAAACCGACAAAAUUGUAAUUCCUCAAAUUGUAACUUUGUAUCUUCACAACAUGCCAAGACUCAGAAGUUUCUGUCAAGGGAAGCAUAUUUCAGAGUGGCCCUCCUUGAAAGAGUUUACCAUCGAAGAUUGCAAAGCUACGAAAGUGAUUAUAGGAGAUGCUAGUCAUAGAAAAUUAGAGGGCAGCGUUCCAACACAGCAACCGCUUUUACUUGUCGAAAAGGUUGAGUUUCCUAGUCUGGAGUCGAUGAAGUUCUUACACAUGGAUAACAUGGAGAAGAUAUGGCUUGAUGAUCUUGAUUCAAAUGUCUUUGGCAAACUGAAGACACUGGUAGUGGAGUAUUGCGAGAAACUUGUAUCCAUAUUUUCAUCUUAUAAUAUGAUCACAAGAUUUCAAAACCUAGAGAAGGUAAUUGUGACCGAUUGUGGAUCCUUGGAAGUGGUAUUUCAAGUCCAAGAGUUUGAAUUUAGCGAAGCUUGUUCUACAAAUACUUUUCAAUUGAGAGAAUUAAUUUUGGUGCGGAUCCCAAAAAUGAAACACGUGUGGAGUGGACUUCCUCAAGGAGGUCUUACCUUUGGAUGCUUACAAUACAUGAAGGUUUUCAAUUGUGAGAGUCUCAAAAGUUUAUUUCCGAGCUCGAAGGCAAAAAGUAUGACACGGCUCAAGAAACUUUCUGUAACGGAUUGUGGUGUGGAGGAAAUUAUCUCGGAGGAAGACGGAGUAGGGAUAAGUACAGGUGAUCUCUUAUUUCCGCAAUUAACCUACCUAGGCGUAUCUGGGUCACCGAAUCUGAGGAGCUUCUACCGAAAUAGUCAUACUUCAGCAUGGCCGCUCUUGGAACAAGUGCGAGUGAGCCAUUGCAGCAAGAAGAGGUUAUUCUUAUUUGCUUGUGAAUUCCAAAGCUGCCAAGAUACAACUACCAGCGAGAUACAGUCUACACUCUUUUCUUUCGAAAAGGUCAUUCCACACUUGAAGGGAUUGACAUUAGCAAGGGAGGAUGCUGCGAUGAUGCCGAAGCAUUACGUCUUCCGCAAUCUCGGAGAGCUUACUCUGACAUGCUACCAUGAAAAAAAUGUCGCUUUUCUUUCCAACUUCCUUCUCCAAAGAUUCCCCAAUCUAGAAGAGCUUCGAGUGAGAUGUAGUUCCUUCGAGGAGAUAUUUCCAGAAGAUUCGUCUGGACAUGGGGGAGCGACUCCAUGUAGAGAACUAACUGACAUGGAAAAACCUCUCCAGGCACUACAAAAUCUAAGGCGACUUGGCCUAUUUAAGUUGUGUAACCUGAAGCGAGUUUGGAAAGAUGGUUCCUUGAUGACUGAAAUUCUCAAACAGAUUGAAGUUCUGCGAGUUGCGAAGUGCUCAAGUUUAUCAAUCGUACUUCCAUCCCUGACUUCAUUCCAAAGAUUGGUGCAAUUAGAAGUAAAGGAUUGCGCUGGUUUAGUUCAUAUGGGGACUUGCUCAGCAGUGACAAGUCUAGUGCAUCUUACUUGGCUAACCCUAAGAAAUUGUGGUGCGAUGGAAGACGUGGUGACAGAUGAUGGAAACGGAGUAGAGGAGAUCUCUUUCCCCAAGCUGCAAUGGUUGACACUUGACGAUUUACCAAGCCUUGAGAGCUUCUCCCCCACUAAUUGCACCUUCAGAUUCCCUUCGUUGGUGUGUAUCAGCGUCAUGAAGUGCCCCAAGAUGAAUAUAUUCUGCAAGGGUGCCUUGAGGACACCAUACCUGGAUAAAGUACUCCUCUCCGAAGAGGAUGGGGAAUGGCGUUGGGAGGGCGACCUUAAUACCACCAUCCGAACCUUAUCGGCUUGAAACGAUCCACUAGGAAUUUGGCAAGACAGGUGUCAUGCUUGCUACGAUCUAAGUGGCUGCUUUCAUUUGCUAGAGAGUGUCUCCUGUAGGAAGAUGUUGAAUGAAGCUUUUUGCAAUGUGUUCACUAAUAGUGUUCUAAUCAUGGUGUUGAUGCCCCUUGAGAUGGCGUCUUUGUGCCAACAUAUGGUAUUUCUUUUCUACCUUGGAAUGUCCUCUCUAUGUCAUUUCCUUGAUAAUGGUACUUUGUAGCAUAAUGGUUGGAAUGUGGGGGUUCUUUAUCCAUUAUCGAAUUGUGUAGAGAUUUUGUAUGAGUGUUGGCUUUUAGGCAGCAUCAUUUAGCACCAAGUUAUUCUUUGGAGUUGGACUACUCAGAUGACGACAAGUUGACAACAGCAGCCAUACACUGACAAAAAGGAGAAGACCAGGAAUCCAAAUAAGCAUGUAUCCUUCAAGUAGCGGACCAUUGCCUACAUGGAGCCAUUCACGCUAAAUGUUUUCAUCUUCAAGCACCUCAUCUCUGCUUCACUCACUCACAAGGUCAACUGCAAGUAUGUCGCUGUUGUGGGUACCAAUUCUAAGGACAUCAGAGCUAUGCUCAAGUCUCAAUUGGACAUACCAGCAUGUUUGGCCGUAGGCCAGGUUUUGGCAGACUGGGCGAGGGAAGCUGAUGUGUGCAAGCUUGCUAUCUCUGAUUGACAGUGGCAUUGAUAUUACAAUUUAUCUUAACUAAUUUCCCCUCCUUCAGCACAAUCUUGUUAAUGUGCACUACUACUUAUAGCAAGAUACUGCCAUCUUUGACAUUGUUUUGAGAACAUGCAAGAUGUAAUGUUGGUUCUUUUACUGGUUAUACGUAGAUGAUAGUGACUGUUUGUUCGACA